AUGGCUGGUUUAAAACUAAUUAUCUUAUUAUUGUUUGUUAAUGUUAUCUGCAUCGCUGAUGCUCAAGGUAUUGGCCGAAAGUCUCUAGCAGAGCGAACCGCUGAGAUAUUGAAGUCAUUUAGACAGAGAAAUGAACUGGAUCUGGCAUUUAUUAUGGACACAACCGGAAGUAUGUCUCCAUACAUAAACAACGUUCGAGAACAUAUUAAGGAUCUUGUUGACGCAAUUGCUGCUAGCUCGAGCACUAAUCUAAGGCUAGCUCUAAUUGAAUACAGGGACCAUCCACCACAAGAUAGGUAUUUUGUUACUCGCACUCACCACUUCACACGCUCUGUGAGGAUAAUGAAGUCGUGGCUUAAUGCGGCACGUGCACAAGGGGGAGGAGACGGACCAGAAGCUGUCGCAGACGCUAUGUUUCAAGCACCUACUUUAAAGUGGAGACCAAAUGCGGCAAAAAUAAGUGUUCUUGUAGCGGAUGCCCCACCCCAUGGUCUUGUUUCAUCGGGUGACUCAUUCCCGAGCGGCUGCCCUAGUGGUCAUGAUCCAAUUGAUAUAGCACGCAUAUUAGCGAGGAGAGGAAUUACUUUGUACACAGUCGGAUGUGAACCAGCCGUUGUUCCAUACACAGAUUUCUAUAUGGCGUUGGCUUACUUGACCGGUGGACAAUACAUUCCUCUGUCAAGUCCGGGUGGUCUCACUGACGCUAUAAUAGCGGGAGCAAAAGAAGAACUUUCAUUAAAGAAAUUUGCUGCAGAUGUUAAAACGGAAGUAAAGAAAGCUGUUUCUGCUGGCAGAGUAGUUAACGAAAGACAGAUUGCACAGUCUGUGUUUGCCAAAUUGAAGAGUGAAGGUGCGACAGCGAAACAGCUUUUGAAAAACAAUAAACCAUUAGAAGCUGCUACUACAAAAGCUAAAGCUAUCGCGGGGGCUAAAUCUUUGGCAGAUGCAAAGAAAAUAUUUACACCAAGAACGGGUAGCGCAGGAAGAUCUGGCGGAUCCUCAGGUCCAAGUAAAUCAGGAGCCGGUGAAUCUUUUGCAGCGGUUGAAAAAGCAGUAAGCUUUGAUCAAAUAAGCCGUUUAGUGAAACUAGAAGCCGCAAAACUGUCCGCGUAA